GGGAGCUUUGGUCAAUUGGUCCAUUGGAUUUCCUAACGACGACAAUAAAAUAUCGACCACGAAAUACCCAUUGCCAUUGCCAUAAUGCCUCAGGAUCUGCCCCCCAUCGGGGGCUACGGCCCUGUACAGUACAAGCGUAACCUCCCCGGCCCAGGCUUCCGCCCAACCGCGCUACUCCUCGCUAUGGGCGCCGUCAUGACUUUCGGUUUCUACAAGUUGGGACAGGGUAUUCGAGAGCAGAAUGAGCUUGCCCGAGAAAAGAUGUGGUCGCGUAUCCACUUGAUUCCUCUACUACAAGCCGAGGAAGACCGCGAUCUCGUCCGCAGACAUCUGGCCGAUCAGGCACGCGAGAAGGAGCUGCUAGGCGAUAACAUGCAAGUCUACAACUCUGGAAAAUACGUGAGGCCAACGUUUGCCGUUACGCCGUCGAACGUGACGAAAUAAAGAAGAAUAGUGGUAGUGGUAGUAGCACAUGCACUCUACAUAGAUUACGACGCAAUACAAUACGCAGCUGGCUACGAGCGGAAGAGCUCCCCGGAGUUAGCAACGGUGCGAGACGUGUAUAUAAAGAAAUAAACAAGCUGUUAAGGUCGUCCGGUUGAGUCUGUAGCUCAUAGUAUUAUUACCUUAGGUAGUUUGAAGUGCUACUGAUAAUACAAUGAAAGCGAUAUACUCGGGAAUCUGAACUUGGAUUUCUGCGCUGAGUGUCUUAGGUAUAUAGGAACGAGUAAGAUCAAUGGUAGAACUAGCAUCAAAGCAACUCGCGGGUGUGAGAUUUUAGGAGUAACAGAUAAUCGACUAUCAAAUUUUUGCACUUUUAUAUAGGAAGCAUCGACUAGCCUUAGAAAGAUAUCCAGGGCAUCUACAAUAAACUAAUAGUGUCAC